AUGUCCGCGGCGGCCGACGCCCGACCGCAGCAGCAGCAGCCGCAGGUCGGCACUGCUGCCCAACAGCCGUCCAAGCCGAGCCACGACUACAAGGGCUUCGUCGCCGGCGUGGGCAGCGGCAUCGCCAAGCUCACAGUCGGCCACCCGUUUGACACCGUCAAGGUGCGUCUACAGACCUCGGACCGCUUCAAGGGCCCCCUCGAGUGUGUCCUGCAGACGGUGCGCCUCGAGGGCGUCCGCGGGCUCUACAAGGGCGCCACGCCGCCCCUCGUUGGCUGGAUGUUCAUGGACUCCGUCAUGCUCGGCUCUCUAAGCGUCUACCGGCGCCUCGUCGCGCAGCACCUCUACCACGUCGACCUCUGGACGCCCGGCACCUUACUCCCCGCCUCCCGCACCUCCCCCGCCUCGCAGACGGCGCUGCCGUCCGUCGGGCACGGCAUCGCGGGCAUUCUCGCCGGCGCCACCGUCUCCUUCAUCGCCGCGCCGGUCGAGCACGUCAAGGCGCGGCUGCAAGUCCAGUACGCGGCCACCAAGGCCGGCCGGCUGUACUCGGGCCCGCUCGACUGCCUCGCCAAGAUCCACCGCCACCACGGCGUCCGCGGCGUCUACCACGGCCUCGGCGCCACCCUCCUCUUCCGCGGCUUCUUCUUCUUCUGGUGGUCCACGUACGACCUCUUCUCGCGCUGGAUGCGCGUCCACACGCCGCUCUCCGCGCCGGCGGUCAACUUCUGGGCCGGCGGCCUGUCCGCGCAGGUCUUCUGGCUGACGUGCUACCCGGUCGACGUGGUCAAGCAGCGCGUCAUGACGGAUCCGCUGGGUGGCGGGCUGGGCGAUGGCGUGCGUAGGUAUCCGAGGUGGCGCGACGCGGCGGUCGGGGUGUAUCGCGACGGUGGGUGGCGCGGGUACUGGCGCGGGUUCCUGCCGUGCUUCCUGAGGGCGUUCCCGGCGAACGCGAUGGCGUUGGUCGCGUUUGAGGGUCUGAUGAGAACGUUGCCGUAG